AUGGGGCGAAUGAUUGAACAAAUUGCCCUUGAUCGUGGUCAUCAAAUAGCCCUACGCAUAGACAAAAAUCAAGAAGAACUAUUUGACAGCGAAGCAUUCAAGUCUGCCGACGUAGUCAUUGAGUUCACGCAACCAAAGGUAGCUAGUCGCAACUGCCAUCUAGCUAUUGAACGUGGUUUGCCUGUCGUCUCUGGAACUACUGGUUGGGCUAAAGAGAUGAAGGAGCUUAGCGAAUGGGUUAAGGAAGAUGAGGAGCGAACAUUCUUCUGGGCAUCAAACUUUAGCGUUGGUGUGAACCUAUUCUUUGAAAUGAAUCGCCGUAUCGCUCAGCUAAUGCGUGGCUUUAAGGAUUACAAGCUCUCAAUGUCUGAGGUGCAUCAUAUCCAUAAGUUGGACGCUCCAAGCGGUACUGCUAUUACCCUUGCGGAAAAUAUCCUUGAUGAGUAUGAGGGGUUGAGUGGGUGGUAUAGCCUUCAGAACAAUGAGCCUAGGGCAGAGGAGAAUGUUCUAGAGAUUGAGAGCAUUCGCCGUGGCGAG